CCUGCUAAUCUCAGUUUCUCUGUGGGACUUGGUUGCACGUCUGCGAGAAACUUAGGGAGAGGAAUACAAUUUUCCCGAAAGUAAGGGACUGAGUUGUAUUUCAAACAAAAUUGAAGGGCGUUUGGAUACGGAUUUAAUGAUUCCCACCAUCCCCUCAGCUCUGGGCUUUGGCAUUCCACAGAAUUACGAAUUCCGAAUAGGUAUCCGACCACCGCUGGGGGAAGAGGAAGAAGAAGGAUCAAAGCUGAUAACUUCCCUUCGGAAUCCAAGUAAAGAAGUUGUGGAGCUGUUGGGUCGUCUACAAAAGAAAAGGAGAAAUGCAAGGCUGGUUUUCUGGUGGCACGGGGAUCAGCGAAGAGCAACCCAAGGCGGGAUCGUCUCUGUUGUCCGAAUGGAACUCGUACGCAGCUUCACGAGACUCAGAAGAGGGAGGAACGAGUGCGUUUGGGUUCGAUAUCGAGUCUGCAGUGAGGUCUGCUAAUGAUACCGUCACUGGCACCUUCAAUGUGGUUUCUAAAGGAGUGAGAGAUAUACCUGGGAACCUGCAGUCUGCUACCAGUAAUGUCCCUUCAGGGAAGGCACUUAUGUAUUUUGGUUUAUUUCUAGCAACAGGGGUCUUCUUUGUUUUCAUCGCUUUUACCAUGUUUCUUCCAGUCAUGGUGUUAAUGCCCCAGAAAUUUGCUAUCUGCUUUACUCUUGGAUGUGCCUUUAUUGUUGGAUCAUUCUUUGCUCUCCGAGGUCCAAAGAAUCAGCUUGCCCACAUGUCAUCAAAAGAGAGACUUCCUUUUACAUUGGGAUUUGUUGGGAGUAUGGUGGGUACGAUAUAUGUUUCCAUGGUGCUUCACAGCUACAUUCUCUCUGUGCUCUUUUCUGUUUUACAGGUUCUUGCACUUGCAUACUAUGCUAUUUCUUAUUUCCCUGGUGGGUCUGCUGGGCUGAAGUUUCUCUCAUCCACACUUACCUCUUCAGUCAUGAGAUGUUUUGGGAGGUGAUUGGGCAUUUUGUGGCUACCAUUGUUAACUUGUAUAUCUGUCAAUGGAAGUUGAAACUUAAAAACAUGGAAUGUACUUUUAACCUCCUACAAAUUUUCCAGAAUGAUGGAACAAAAUUUGGAUCAGUAGAAACCAAGUAUUCUCAGUCUGCGUUGCUUUCCACUAUUGUAAUUCUUCUUGCUUCAAGGAUCUAGUGCUCAGAAAUGUUGAUGUGACUAGUGAGUGUGAGUCAGUAACAGGUUGAGCUUGCAGUGUUAUCCAGUAUGGUUCAUGGACCAUAAACUGUUACAUUCUAGCCCAUAAAGCAAUUUGUUUUGGGUUUUUUGACUGAUAAUAUUUAAGGGCCACUUUUUUCUUCCCUCAGGCCAAAGUCAAUACUUGAGACAUAGAUUUGCCGUCAAAACCUACCUUCUCCUUGAUUGACAAAAUGGUUUCAAGAUUAUGACUAUGUUUAGAAGAUUAUUCCAUACCAUAUUCCAUAUAUGGGCGUUCAUCUCUCUUUUUCACUUAUAUAUACAUGCAAUAAAUUUGUACAUAUGAC